UUAGCUUACUACUAUAAAUAACAAACUUUCUCUGCAAAGUAUCUUAAAGUUCUUCCAUUGUAGAAAAACACAACUAAGACACUUACAAAAUCUACUAGCUAUACAGGCAUACUACUUUUAAAAUGGUCGAUGUGGACCGUAGAAUGACCGGUCUGAACCCGGCUCGGGCUCACUUAGCCGGUCUAAAACGACUCUCCGCCAGAGCCGCAUCUAUCGCCGCUACCACCACCGUACGUAACGGUCUUCUCUCAUUCUCACCUCUCGCCGAUAAAAUCAUAACAAACCUCCGCAAUUCAGGGAUACAGGUCCAACAAGGUCUCUCCGACGCCGAGUUCGCACGCAUAGAAGCCGAGUUUGGUUUCGUUUUCCCACCAGACCUCAGAGCUGUUCUCACCGCUGGUUUACCCGUCGGAGCUGGAUUCCCGGACUGGCGCGCCACCGGGUCACGCCUCCAUCUUAGAGCCUCGCUGGAUCUUCCUAUGGCGGCUAUUUCAUUUCAAAUCGCGAGGAACGAGAUGUGGGCCCGGUGUUGGGGUCCGAAACCCUCCGAACCCGAAAAAGCUUUGCGGGUUGCAAGAAACGCUUUGAAGAAAGCCCCAUUAUUGAUCCCAAUCUUUAACCAUUGCUACAUUCCAUGUAACCCCUCUCUCGCCGGAAACCCUGUCUUUUACGUCGAUGAGAAUCGAAUCUUCUGCUGUGGAAUCGACUUAUCAGAUUUUUUCCAACGCGAAUCACCGAAUCGGAGCUCCGAAGUUUUAUCGGGUCCUGUGAUUCUAAGGAAACAGAGAUCCGUCACAGAGAAGAGCGUUAGCACUGUUUGUGCAGAAGUGAAUUUCACACGGAGGAGCCUCGACGCCGGAGGGAGGACACCAAGAUGGGUGGAGUUCUGGAGUGACGCCGCGGUUGAUCGACGGAGGAGAAGCUCUUCAUCUCGUGCAGAGUCGCCGGAGAGGUUUUUCGAUAUUAUAAAGUUUGAGGUACCGAAAUGGGUUGAGAAUUACGUUGAAGAGAUUGGGUCGGUUUUGAGAAAAGGUGGGUGGAGCGAACCGGAUAUAACCGAAAUGGUGGAAGCUUCUGGUUCGGGUUUUUUUGAAGGCGAUAUGGUUAUGUUGGAUAAUCAAGCGGUGUUAGAUGCUCUUUUAUUGAAAGUGGAUCGAUUUUCGGAUUCGCUUCGGAAAUCUGGGUGGAGCUCCGAAGAGGUUUCGGAGGCUUUAGGAUUUGAUUUUCGACCCGAGAAGAAAGAACGGAAACCGGUUAAGAAACUGUCACCUGAACUUGUUCAUAGCAUUGAGAAACUGGUGGGAUCGGUUUCUCGGUCAUGAAUGCUACUAAUUGAAAACUGGAGUUUUUUCUUAUUUUGAUGGUAAUGCUAAUACUAAAUUACUAAUUAAUUUUAUUUUUAUUUCCUUUAUAAGUUACUAGAUAUUUUUAUUUCCUUUGUUCAAGAUGCAUUCUGAACUGCGUAAUGUUCAAGAUCAUUAUUGUCCUGAAUAACUGUAAUUUCAUGAUAAACAAUUAAAUGUUAAUAUCAACUUCUCUAA